UCCCUUCCUGUGGUUGUGUCUGCAUCCGGGUUCUCGGGCUUCAUCCCUCCUCACCAGCUGAGGUCGCUGGCCGUUAGCCGGGUGCGUUGGUGCCCGACCGCUGUCCCGGUGUCUGAGGAGGCUGUAGGUGUGCCGGUGUGAACUUCUUGUGCUAAGAGCUGUGCAUCACCAAUAAUGAGGCUUGUAAUUCUUGAUAACUAUGACUUGGCCAGUGAAUGGGCAGCAAAGUACAUCUGCAAUUGUAUCGUUAAGUUCAAACCUGGACAAGACAGGUAUUUUUCACUGGGCUUACCAACAGGGAGCACACCUUUAGGAUGUUAUAAAAAACUAAUAGAGUACCACAAGAGUGGGAACCUUUCAUUUAAAUAUGUGAAGACUUUUAACAUGGAUGAAUAUGUAGGACUGCCACGAAAUCAUCCUGAAAGCUACCAUUCUUAUAUGUGGAAUAACUUUUUUAAGCAUGUUGAUAUAGAUCCUAAUAAUGCUUACAUCCUUGAUGGGAACGCUGAAGAUUUGCAGGCAGAAUGUGAUGCAUUUGAGGAGAAAAUCAAAGAAGCUGGAGGAAUAGAUCUUUUUGUUGGAGGAAUAGGUCCAGAUGGUCAUAUUGCUUUCAAUGAGCCAGGAUCCAGUUUAGUAUCAAGAACAAGAUUAAAGACUUUAGCUAUGGACACCAUUUUGGCAAAUGCUAAAUAUUUUGAUGGAGACUUAUCAAAAGUGCCAACCAUGGCUCUAACUGUUGGUGUGGGGACAGUGAUGGAUGCUAGGGAGGUGAUGAUCCUCAUAACAGGUGCACACAAGGCAUUUGCCCUGUACAAAGCCAUCGAGGAAGGGAUCAAUCACAUGUGGACUGUUUCAGCUUUUCAACAGCAUCCUCGAACGAUUUUUGUGUGUGAUGAAGAUGCUACUUUAGAAUUAAGAGUGAAAACUGUGAAAUACUUUAAAGGUUUAAUGCAUGUGCACAAUAAACUUGUGGAUCCACUGUACAGUAUGAGAGAAGAAAACUGACGGAGACUGCAGCAAAAUUCUGCUUGGAAAAGGAAACUUUUCUUACUAGAAUUUCAGCUUAUGCAAUAUGAUAAAAAUGGGGAAAUAUAAAGACAUUGAAAAGGAAAAGAACAGUGUGUGUUAAACAUUCCAUAUUUAGAAUGUGUGUUUUACACGAGGGCCUAGAACUAAGUCGACCCCCAAACUGGUUGGCUGUUAAAAAGUACAGAAGCUAUAUAGCUACCUAUAAACAGCAAAGCAGUGAAAUGUCUGCAUUUUAAGAGAUUCUACACAUCAGGUACUGUAUGACAAUCUCUUUGACUUAUUUACAAGAAGGCGCUCCAACCUGUUCCAAUAUCAUAAAAGCCUUCACUUUUGGAAUGUCUAUUCUUUGUGCAUCACACAUGCUUUCUGCCUGUAGUUGCCUUAGUCAUCUUUCCGCAGUAGCAUCUGGACAUCAGUAGUCCUGCUAUUCAUUAAUCAAGGAAAUCUAAAGAGAUGACACUGUCCCAAAGUAGUUUACAUCCUUUCAGAAAGUAUCUGUAAGUGCAUGCUUUUAUGCACCUUCUUAUGUAGUACUUUUUUACAGAUAUGCUUAUUUUUAUUUAAAGACCUAGGUCAGUGCCCUUAAUAAAGAAGUAUAUUGGCAACUAUGAGCUUUAUACCUAGCUAUAAAUUAAAGGAAAUCCUUUUGAAGAACAUUUUCUGAUUAUUGUUAAAUUUUAUAAAUCAUCCUUAUAUAUGUCUAAAGAGAUAAGUACUGUAAACUUUUAAAUUGCAAAAACUUGUAUAAUUAAGCUGCAAAUAAAAAUAUUGUUUUCUAUCUUUAACUCAAAGUUUACAAUAAAACAAGUUUUGUUUCUAAAAGUGAA